CACAGGGAUUGAUAGUUUUCACGAGCUUAACGAUGCAUUUCUAACCCGGUAUAAAAGGCGCUCCAAUCAGUGCAGUGGGUCAGUUAGUGCCCGAGGUUUAGAAGUGUGCCAAGUGCUAAGCAAUCCCUGCGACCGCUGCGAACGAUGACUGAUAACAAUACGCUGUUCCGCGGCUUGAUGCAAAAACCGUACGAACCGACGUUUGUGCCGAAGGUGGACGGGAAGCUGUACUACGAUCUGCCCGAUGCGUACCUAACGGACCAGUACCGCCCAUACGGACCAUCGAUACAAAACCGGUUCGGCAUUAAUGCGGAAACGCGCGUACCAUUUCCAAACAUUAGCCCGCCGGAUCUGUCCUUUGCCGAUGUGGUCAGCCGACGGGGUGUGUUUUCGGUGUUUAACGCAGCGCACAGGCGGGCCGCUGGCCAGCUAAUACAGCUCUUUCUCGAUCAACCCAACCCGACCACGCUCGGUGCAGUGGCGGCGUACUUGCGCGAUCGUGUCAAUGCGCCCAUGUUUCAGUACGCACUAGCGAUCGCGCUCAUUCAUCGGGACGAUACGCGUGAUGUGGAGAUACCGAGCUUUCUGGAACUGUUCCCGGACCGGUUCGUCGAUCCGGCCGUGUUUCCGCAGUUGCGCGAGGAAAGCAACCUGCUCGAUCGGGGUAGCCGACGGGCAAUCGACAUACCGUCCAACUACACGGCGUCGGAUCGGGUCAAUGAGCAGCGCGUGGCUUACUGGAGGGAAGAUAUUGGCCUCAGCCUGCAUCACUGGCACUGGCAUCUGGUGUACCCGUCCACUGGUCCGGAUCGGGUUGUGCGGAAAGAUCGCCGGGGUGAGCUGUUCUACCAUAUGCACCAGCAAACGAUCGCACGGUACAACAUUGAGCGGUUUGCGAACGGAUUGGCGCGCACGCUAUCGUUCAGCCAGCUGAGGGAAAGCAUCCCGGAAGCUUACUUUCCUAAGAUCGUGCGAAGUUCUGACGGGAGAGCGUUCUCCUGUCGCUAUCCGAAUCAGGUGAUGAAGGAUGUUAACCGCGUUGAGGAUGAAUCGACGAUUCGUUUGGCGGAUAUGGAUGUUUCUAUCAAGCGUAUAUUUGAAGCCAUUGAUAAUGGAUACGCUCAAGCGACGAAUGGCGAUCGUGUUCCGCUGGACAACGAGAAGGGAAUCGAUUUAAUUGGCGACUUGCUAGAAGCGAGCACCAAUUCAAUCAACUUUAACUAUUACGGUGACUACCACCAGAACGGGCAUGUCAUGCUGGGCUACAUUCACGAUCCUGACAAUUCCUAUCUGGAAGGCGUCGGCGUUAUGGGCGAUUUAACUACCACGAUGCGGGAUCCUUUGUUCUACCGCUGGCAUCAGCACAUUGAUGACAUUUUCGUACGGCACAAGCAGCGACUGCCGGCCUACACAAGCUUGGAACUUUCAUUCAACGACAUCACGGUGGAUUCGUUCGACGUGCAGUUAAACAAAGCGAACGCGCCAAAGAAUGUGCUUCUCACCUUUUGGCAGCGAUCACAGUUCGAUCUCGGCACGGGGAUAGAUUUUGUGCCGGAAGGUAACCUGUUCGUGACGUUCACACACAUUCAGCACGCGCCGUUUAGCUAUCGUAUCCAAGCGACCAAUAACGGGGGCAGCAUGCGACGCGGUACCGUCCGUCUGUUCCUUGGGCCGAAGGUGAACGAUCGUGGACAGGUCCUGCCUUUCCGUGACCAGCGCCGUCACAUGGUGGAGCUGGACAAAUUUACCGUGAACUUGCGUCCUGGGCAAAACUCCAUCGUAAGACGUUCGGACGAAUCGAACCUGACCAUUCCGUACGAACGAACGUUCCGCAAUAUAGCCGCCUCGAGCCAGCCGGGCAUGGAGGUGUUCCAGUUUUGCAACUGCGGCUGGCCAUCCCAUAUGCUCCUGCCGAAGGGAUCUGCCAGCGGUUUGGAGUAUGACUUUUUUGUUAUGAUUUCCAACUACAAUCAGGACCGGGUGGAGGAAUUUAAUGAGAAUGACAACUGUAACGAUGCGCACAUGUUUUGCGGUUUACGCGAUCGUCGCUAUCCGGAUGCUCGAAGCAUGGGCUAUCCGUUCGAUCGCUUCACGCCAAAUUCCGUGGGAAGCUUGCAGGAAUUCGCGCGCCCGUAUAGAAAUAUGGCCACUACGCCCGUUUCUAUCCGUUUCACUAACACCGUUAUUGCACGCACGUAAUCAAACCGGAUGAUGACAUGAUUUUGUUUUCUUUUCUUAUGUCAACUUUAUAAGUGCAACAUUAUACAAAGGAAUAUAUUCAAACGAAAAUGACAAUACAUAAUAAUGCGCAUAAACGCAUAUAGUACACAUCUUGA